AUGAAUCUAAAAAUGGCUUGUGAGGGUGAGUGAUGUGCUAAACGGCAUCAAGCACAGUUCAUGGACGUCUUUCUUUCCCUGCUGUGAGCUUGCUCCGAGUAGCAGCUAGCUACUGGGUUAGCAUCCAAGCAAUUGCAUUAGAUUCAAGGCAUUGGUGACGUCUUUUCAAAACAUUUAGUUCCCGUUUAAAGAAGCGAAAUGACCUCAGCUUCGACUAAAGUAGGAGAGAUUUUCUCUGCAGCUGGAGCUGCCUUUACCAAACUGGGCGAAUUGACCAUGCAGCUUCAUCCUGUAGCAGAUGCCAGCCCUGCAGGCACUCAGACCAAGAGCACAGUUAAGAGGAAGACAUUUGAAGAUGGCUCCCUGGUGACAUCUGAUGGCCCUAAAAAGACAAGCAAGAAGACAAGUGCAGCUAUGGCAAGACAGGCUGCUGUUGUCCCUGUGCCUGCUGGUCAGGUCGUGAGUACUCCCACAAGAAUGCAGAGUCCAACUUCAGCCCAACUUCCUCUGAAGAAACAGAAGACAGCAGAUGUGACUCUUAGUGCCCUGAAUGACUCGGACGUCAACAGUGACCUAGUGGACAUCGAGGGACUCGGCGAUGGAUCAACCUCAAAGAAACUAAACACAUUUGACCAAGAUAAUUUAAACCUGGACUCCAGUCUCAUCAUGAAUUCCAGUGACAUUCCACUGCUCUCCCGCUGACCAAUCCCACUUUUCAAGGACUUCUGUUUUUGAUAGGAUAAUAUGACUCAAGCUAUGUGUAAUAUUAUUUUAUAAAAUAUCUUUGUCAGUAUUAUGUUUGUAUAGAUAAGAUAUUGUGCAUUUUAGUAAACGGUUUCCUUAAAGAACAAAAA